AUGAUGAAUUUUUGCUCGGGAGGUCCCGGGCUCAUGCCAAGCUAUGAGCAACCGUUCCCAUCUGCUUUCGAUCAACGUCAACAACAAGUUUCCCACUUCAUUGCAUCGCCGUCUGCGUAUUAUCCUCACGACAUCUCAACUGGAAGCGUUGCCGCAGUGGGGUCGUGGGACAUCUAUCGCGGCGGAUACCCCAUCAACUUUCGCAGCGGAGCACCUCCACAAGCGUUCCACCUGCCCGUGGAGCAGCCGCUACCGCCCGCCCGUUUAGUGCCCGCCGGCCUGCCCAUCCGUAGCCACCAUCUUCGUGCCAACCACUCUAAACGUCGUCAAACACCCGCCGCGCCGUAUUCAGCGCCUGCCGUGACGAACCUCGCUCAACGUCAAGCUCGACGAGUCGGUGGUGGUGGAAGUAAUAACAGCAGCAGCAACGGCAACAUCAACACGUCUGCGCUUACUCGUCGUCCGCAAACCGUCGUGCCGAUUCAGCCAUCGACCUUUCCGCAGCAACUUCACAUGAUGGCCGAGGAAACGCGACCGGUUGACUCCGUGCCAUUCUACGAUGGCACAGGGACACUGGAUGACCUGCAGAAUUUCAGCAACAGUCAACGAUACGAGCCAGAGCUGACGGGUCCUCUUGUUGGUCAACUCCAACCAAGCACUGCCAUCACGACUGAAUAUGCUGCUGCCGAUCCGGUAUACCAAACAAAGACAGCCGCACUGCCGCAAAAGUACUCUCACUAUCGAACUGUUCGGGGCGAUGGAAAAUGUGGAUGGCGAGCUGUUGCCUUUGGCUACUUUGAGGCCCUCAUUCGUCAAAACAGUGUGACGACAUUCGAAGAGGAGGAGGCCCGCAUGUGCUUGCUGCGCUCGAUCGUUCAGGACGCGGGAACGUCGUCAGAAGUGUGCGAUGAUUUCUUCGAGGAAGCAAUUGACUUGCUGAAGAAGCUCGCCAAGUCCCUCGCCACCGGAACUGCCGAGAAUCUUUUGCUGGAUACCUUCAACAAUGAAGGUGUUCAAGAGUACCUUGUGUUCUGCAUGAAGUUAUUGACAGCAUCAUGGAUCAAGACUCAUGAAGCUGAUUAUGCUCCCUACAUGGAGGAGGUCCAGACCGUUCAUCAGUUCUGCGAAUACAUCGAGACAAUCGAUUCGGAGAUGGACCACCAGAGCCUUCAUGCGCUCCACAAGAUUCUCUUGUCUCCUAUCGACAUUGUCCUCGAAGUUCACUACCUCGACCGUAGCGAGGGCACAGAGGUGAACACCCAUCAGUGGGAGCUUGACGCUGGCCUUGCACCCAUGGGACAUGUUCGACUUCUCUACAGACCUGGACACUACGAUAUUCUGUACAAGCAGGAAGAUAUCAACAACAACAUGGCUCAAUCGAUGCCUAUUGAGACCUACUUGCAAUACGUGAGCCCAAGCAACGACUUCGCGGAUGUUCCCAUCAUGCAUAUGGGCAACAACUUCAUAAAUGAUUCUCUGUCCAACUUAAAUGCAGAUAUCAAUGCCCCUGUGGACGGUGUGAAUGUUCUGUUCGACAUUCCCGGCAUGUCCUUGAUGAAUGGCAAAGCUCAGAACUGGUUCAACCUCAACAACGACUUUCCUCUCCAGAGUGGUCUGCUAUCCAGCGAUCCAGUGCAGGCCCUGCCAGCCGUGCCCGCGUCGACUCAGGACCUCGACCUUCGCUCACUGCCAAUGUUUCAACCUGCUGAACUUGAGACGUCUUUCGUCCAGGCGUACCAGCCUCUGCCUCCCUCUCACCAUGUUUGCGAGGUCAAGGCAUCAGCACCUCCGCUGCCUCCGCCCACGCACAUGCCAGCCGAACUUGCCUUGCAUACGGCGCCUGCGGCGAACAUUUCUCAACCACCAACGCCGUGUCAGCGUGUGACCUUCCGAGAUCCCUUCCGCAAGAGCGUCGUGCAAUACAAGCACGAGAACGACACCAUGCCUGCUCUGAAGAUCCGUCAAGCCCCGCUCCGUACGAAGCAGAUGCUGCAAUCUCCUUGUAGUGAGGCGCAUUUCCAGAACCCGGAGUUCCAGCCCAUUACUUACGACCCGUCCAACCCGGACGCUUCCGAAGGCCAGCACGGUGGUAGUGUUGCUAUCAGCCGAGCUGGUCGACGCCAAUCCCACAAGUAG